CUAUCUCCAUGAAAAAUGGAGGUAUUGUUUUUGUUCUGUCUGACUCUCCGUCCGUAUGUCUCUCUGUGUUUCCGCAUAUUUGUGAUCAUCAUACUAUUAAAAAAGGCCUUUUUGAUGUUGUUGUGUACGUGUUUGUGACAGCUGUAUGUGUGAUGUUAGGAUGUAUCUAUUGUUUGAUGUUUGUUGUGAAGGUCCAGAGCGGGGUGUUUGUGACAGCUGUAUGUGUGAUGUUGGGAUGUAUCUAUUGUUUGACGUUUGUUGUGUAGGUCCAGAGCGGGGGGUGUGUGUGUGUUACAGCUGUGUGUGUGAUGUUGGGAUGUAUCUAUUGUUUGAUGUUUGUUGUGUAGGUCCAGAGCGGGGUGUGUGUGACAGCUGUAUGUGUGAUGUUGGGAUGUAUCUAUUGUUUGAUGUUUGUUGUGUAGGUCCUGAGCGGGGUGUGUGUGUGUGUGACAGCUGUAUGUGUGAUGUUGGGAUGUAUCUAUUGUUUGAUGUUUGUUGUGUAGGUCCUGAGCGGGGUGUGUGUGUGUGUGACAGCUGUAUGUGUGAUGUUGGGAUGUAUCUAUUGUUUGAUGUUUGUUGUGUAGGACCAGAGCGGGGUGUGUGUGGUUGUGGCAGCUGUAUGUGUAAAGCCGGCUGGAUGGGGCGGACCUGUGACUGCUGGCAGACUGCCAUCUCUUGCUGGUUGCAGACACCACCGGGGCCGAGCGGACGUACAUCGGGGGACACUCUUGCGCCUGCGCCGUAUCACUUACUGAUACAGCUGGAAAAAGACCUGGGUCUGGUGUCCCAGGGCCGGGUGACGGGCCGCGGACCUGCCCUGACGAGCUGGGAUUGUGACACGGUGACCGGAGUACCGCAGUCCGUCCGCAGUGACAUGGAACUCAGUUACUUUUACCAGAAAUACCUGCACGCGUACGGUAUCCCGGUGCUGGGGUCCAGCCGCGUGCCUGACUCCGCCCUCCGCCGGGCCUGCUACGUCGUGCGCUUCAUGUUCGCGGACCGGCAGGACGUCAGGGACCACUUCCACGACCGGUACGGCAGGCACGCUCUCAUGGCUGAGUCAGAGCAAACUACUGACAUUCCUGAACACUCGUGGCUCGGCCCGAGCUGGAACGAGCGGGCCCGCGGUCUGGGUGCCACGGAGACACAUCCCGUGUCUACCGGAGCUGAGGAGAACGCGGGGUGCUACGGCCCCGGCAGGGACAGGUGGCACGAGGAAGACAUCUUCCUCCAUGAGACUGCACACGGGCUCCAUGGGCUGGGCGCCAAGUACGCCAUCCCCGGCUGGCAGGCGAGGCUGCAGGCGGCCUAUGACAGCGCCCGGGCACGAGGCUUGUGGGACAACACAUAUGCUGGGAGUACCAUCCAGGAAUACUUCGCCGAAGGAGUGCAGAGUUUUUUCAACGUGGAGUCGUACCGUAACCCUCCUGACGGGAUCCAUAACCACGUGGACACCAGGGAGAAACUGUACCAGUACGACCCGACCCUGUACGGGCUUAUCUCACAGGUCUUCCCCUGCAGUAACCACAUCGUGGACCGCUGCUCGGACCAAGGGUUGACCAGUGGUACUCCUCUCAAGAUGAACUGCAACAGUGACGGGAGCGGGGGUAUCAGCGUAGAAGGGAACAGCGGCGGGGAAAGCGGCAACACGUAUGGUGGCGACGGUGGGAGUGACGCAGGAAACUGCCAGGACCUGAACAGCUACUGUCCUGACUGGGCUGUCCAGGGAUACUGCUCCGGGGUCCACAGUACCUACAUGAGUACCAACUGUCGCCGGAGCUGUGACAUGUGCGCCACCGGAAGCGGAACUGGGACAGGCUCAUCUCAGGAGAACGCGGGGGAGGGGCAAGGGUCUUACUGCGAGGACACGAACGGUAACUGUGCGGGGUGGGCCCAGCGGGGAGAGUGUCACUACAACCCCGCCUACAUGAACCAACACUGUCCGAGGAGCUGUAACCUGUGUCAGCGUACUACUGGAUCCACGUGAGAAGACAAGGUCACCACAGCUGGUACUGGUCCCAGAACAGCUACAGCAGGUCUAACAUCACCUACGCUACCGUACGGUCAUUGCCAUUUCAAACGGUCGAUAUCAUAUAGUUGAACGACAAAAAGUAUUUUGGAAUUAAUUAAUGCUCCGUCAAUAACGUGAUGUUUUGUGGUGUAGAGAAUUAGGAUUUUAGGAGUGGGCUUUUGACCCGUGUUUAAUUAAUGCUUGUGUGCUGUUUUGUUUUCACUUGUAUUUUACUAUUUGAACGAUAUUGUCGUCUGCAAAUUGAAUUAUGCUUUUUAUAAAGUGUUCUCAAUUUAAAAAUAAAGAUGACACGUAGUAUCAUGCUUAUUUUUCUGUACUUACUUUGACGAGUUUUAUUUCUCAGCAUUUUUUGAUUAAUGUCGAAAUCUACCAAAAUUCCGUGCAACCUCGGUUGCGUGAUGUAUGUAAAACCGACAAUGAUUAAUACACCAGAUAAAAUAACCGUUGUCAAUAUAUAAUUACGUGGCUCGUACUAUCAGGAACAAUACACUCCAGUUAUCCGACUUUUAUAUGUGCUAACGGUAUGUGUUUCAAUGUUGUUAUGAGGAGCCAUACGCUUUCAUAAAAGCCAGUAGAAGUUGCAUUUAUCAAAUGAUAGUUGAGACUUGCGCUCAGCCAAGUGUGGCAAAAUGUGCAAUAAAGGACGUCAUUCAUUCAAUGAAAAGGGUGCGUCUAAGUCGUGAUUUUACUGUUUUGUUUUUAGAGUAGAAUAUAUCUUUGCAAUGGUGUUGAUUUUAUACGUUUACUUUUCAGUUGAAUUUCCAC